AGUAACUUCUACUACUUCUUGGUGAUAACAAUAAUAAUGAUAACGUUUCUGUUCUGGAUUAUCAAAAGUGCCGUUACAUUCUGUGCAGCUGUUUACUGAAUCAACUUAUUCUAGAGUCAUGAUAAUUACGGAAGAAAAGCCGAAAUGGACAAAACGGUAGAUGUAUCCCCCCCCCUUUUUUUUGGAUGAGGUCGGAGCAUGUCACACUGUUUGAAGAAAGGUGACUUGCGGUAUCUUUUGAAUUGGAGAUCAAUCACACUGAUUAAUUGUGAUGCAAAGAUAUUCACCUGAUUAUUGAACAACCGUUUAAGGGAGGUCGUUUCUUCUUUGAUUUGUCCUUUUCAAGCUAGUUUUAUGCAAGGAAAAUCUAUUGCCGACAGUGGCCUUUUAGCACAAAUUACUAUAAAGCAAGCUUCUUUCUGGUCCCCCUCGGAAGUUGAUCUGCUGUGCAACCAAGAAGAAGCUUAUGAUCGAGUGCAUCCUGUGUAUCUUCGCUCUGUCCUUCAGACUUUUGGUUUGCCCUCCGUUUUUAUCUCUGCUGUUUGCUCUCUCUUCUUUAGUACAACCAUGAAAGCCAACGUUAAUGGUUACUCCUCGUCACCUAUACAACUAGGUCGUGGUUUACGCCAAG